AUGUCUAAGCUCUUCGUUCACGGCCUGUCCUGGCAUACUAAUGAUGAUACUCUCCGUGAGGGAUUCCAACAGUUCGGCGAGAUUCAGGAAGCUACCGUUGUCAAGGAUCGUGCAACUUUGCGCAGUCGUGGAUUUGGAUUUGUUCGCUUCGCUACCGAUGCCGAGGCUGACGCUGCGAUGAAUGCAAUGAAUAACGUGGAAUUCGACGGCCGAGUUAUCCGUGUCGACAAGGCAUUUGACCGUCCAGACCGCCAGAACCGACCCGACGGCGGCUUCCAGGGUCGUGGUGGAUACAACCAACAGCCCGGUAGUGGAUACCAGGGUGGCGGCUUUGGAGGCGGCGGCGGUGGUGGUUACAACCGCGGCGGUUAUGGCGGCGGUUAUAACAACUAUGGAAAUGGUGGUGGAGGUGGUGGUGCUGGCUACGGUGGUGGAUACGGCGGCGGCUAUGGUAAAGAUCUCUCUCGUUUACAAUUCUGA